ACCAAAAUGGUUCACAAUCCGAGCUGGUUGUUCCUCUUUGCGGUAGCACUCGCUGCUUUCGUAGGGAACUCCCAGGAAGCCAACAUCCUGGGCCUCUUUCCCAGCCAGAUGCCGUCGCACUUGAUCAUCCAGAUGUCGACGGCUAAGGUCCUGGCGGAGCAGGGACACAAUGUGACGGUGGUCACGACACUGAAGCCCGUAGUUACCCAUAGGAAUAUAAACGUGAUCCAAGUACCCCUUGGCAAGAAGGAGGAGCAGCAUUUGAGCGACACAAUCAAAACGAUGUUGCAGAACAACAGUGGCAACAUGGCCUUGUCCCUGCUCCGAACAAUGGACAAAAUGAAUUUCUUGUUCACGGCCAACGCAGAUUUACUGAUGGACGAUCGGGUCAAAGAGUUGUACCUCAAUAAAGACAAUAAAUUCGACCUGGUCCUAUCGGGAUACUUCAUGAACGACUUUCAACUCGGGUUCGCAAAGAAAGUCAACGCACCUGUCAUCGUCGUAGUCACACUGCCUCCCAACCAACUGUUGAACCAUCUGAUCGGAAAUCCCCUGGAGGUUUCCUACGCGCCAGCAUUCAGUGCUCCUUUGGAGAAGGGAAAAGGUUUGACUUUCCACCAACGUUUGGUCGCUUAUGGUACAAGUUUUUUUUUCGGGGUGUAUGCUUACCUCACCGAAAAGCGUAAUCGGAAGCUGUACACGCAAAUUUUUGGAGACGAUCCCAAUAUGCCUGAGUAUUCUGAACUGCUCAAAAACACAUCAAUGGUGUUCUUUGUAUCCCACGCCCAUAGUGAAGGACCUAUACGACCAAAUGUCCCUGCUGCCAUAGAGAUCGGGGGUAUCCACAUUAAGGACAAGCCGGAUCCCUUGCCCCAAAAUAUGGCCGAAUUUCUGGGUAAUGCCACGGAUGGCGCUAUUCUGUUGUCCUUGGGUUCCAAUGUAAAAGGAAGCCACAUAAAACCAGACACGGUUGUUAAAAUGUUCAAUGUGUUGUCGAAGCUGAAGCAAAGGGUGAUCUGGAAGUGGGAGGAUCUAGAGAAGACUCCCGGACAGUCGGACAACAUUCUUUACUCCAAGUGGCUGCCUCAGGACGAUAUUCUUGCUCACCCAAACGUAAAGCUUUUCAUCAAUCACGCAGGAAAAGGUGGCAUAACCGAGGCCCAGUACCAUGGAAAACCGAUGCUUUCUUUGCCAAUUUUUGCAGACCAGCCGGGAAACGCUGAAGCUAUGGUCAAAAAGGGCUUUGGCCUUAGCAUGAGUCUUCUCACUUUGGAGGAGCAGACAUUUCACGACACAAUCAUAGAGAUCUUGUCGAAUCCGCAGUAUUCCGAGAAGGUUGCCUCCUUCUCCUCCCUGUACAGGGAUCGCCCGAUGACCGCUAGAGAAUCAGUGGUCUACUGGUCCGAGUACGUCAUCCGUUACCGAGGAGCUGCCCAUCUUCAGAGUCCUGUGGUGCACAUGAGCUUCAUAGCCGCUAAUAACAUCGAUAUUUACGCUUUGCUUGCAGUCCUUUUACUUGCCUUUAUAUUCCUACUAAAGACGUUGUUUAAACUGAUCUUCAGGAAGGUGUGUUCAAAGUCAAAAAAGGAGAAGACGCAAUGAUAGUUUUA